AUGUCUUACGACAGCGCCUCCUUCUCUCAACACUCCGUGCUGAGUCCGCCGCUACUAGCGGCCAUUGACAGCCAGCAUAUCUUUGGCUCUUACGAUGCAGCGCACAGAUCAUCAUCCUUGUCAUCUCGGAAUGCCAACCAUCGCAGCUCCGUAGAUGUGAGCACAGCAGCGUCUCAUGAUCAGCCAUCGACAGCUUCGCAUCAUCGCCGAACCCGAUCACGAGCAUUGUCAGCAGCCUCCGUCAACAACCUGGGCUCUAACUCUACAACUGCACUAUCGUCCUUGCAGCAGCACCAUCACAAUGGGAACAGUAACAGUCAACGAAGGACUCGCAGAGUACAUCAUGGUCACUCGAACGGACACAGCCGUAACGGCAGCAGAUCAGGGCCCAUCCCGACACCUGGGAGAUCAGUCACUCUCAACGUUCAAGCCGAUUCAGCAGGCUUUGAAGAGUCGAGACCUCUGAGUGGCAGCUUGCGGAAUCGUUCCACUCCGCACCUCGACGGUCUUCGUAGUCUAUCCGUCGCUCAAGAAGAAUGUCAUCUGAUGAAUGGUGGCAGAGUGUCAGCCUUGACAGCACCAUCUUCACCUCUGCUGUCAGCUGGAGCAUCAAUGUCUCUGGCCAUGUCACCUGUCGCUCAAGCUUCGGCUUUGAUGCUUUCUGAAUGGACACUCGAUGGCUUUGCACCAACUUCUCCACGUCCGAAUCUUUCUCGCAACGCAUCCGAUGACUUUGAUCCGGCAUCACUCGCUCAGCUCCAAUCACAGAAUGGAAGCUCACAUCCUGAGCUCCGUGCUGGUAGUGGAGGACCCGACCCAUCACCUUCCAUUGAUAGCGUUUUUGAUCGCCUCUCCCCUCAUCCGACCUCACACCACGCUGCGCGUUCAGCAAGCCAGUCCGAGUGGGCUCAACAUGCGGCCCACAUGCAACAGACAGCUCACCUUUUAGGCCUGCAACGGCUCUUUGCUAGCCGCAGUACGCCUCAUUUGCCGGACCUCGACUCUUCGUAUCUUGGACACGAUUUCGAAUCGCCUCCACCAUAUGCACCACGUGCAUCAGCACUCGAAACAGAGCUCGGAAGAGCAGCCGACAUCAGCGCACCUGGGUCACUCAACCACAACUCGGAAGUGGCUCAGCAUCGCCAUACUUCCAACUCGUCUUCUGCUUCGACAAUCUUCAACGGCAAUGGCAACAAUGACCCGCCUCUGCCUCCACCGAUCUCGAUUCCUACCAGUACAGGCGGUCAUGCAGCGUCAGGCCCACCCUCCGCCUCCGCCUCGGCUUCAGCUUCAGCGAGACCCUCGCUUCGAGCUCAAUCAUCUUCGCGCGGCAGUCGCAGUGGCCCGUCGUCUCCAUCAGCGUCUUUUUACGGCCGUCGUGGGCUCACUAGUCUCUCGCCUUUGCCAGUGGGGCUCGAGAUGACGCCAAGUGUGAUGCAUGUCGCCCACUUCUCCUCCACACCAGCCAGUCCAGGUUUCGCAGCAGACAGUGACGGCGAUGAAGACCUCGAUGGGGCAUUGUCAUUCUCACCUUCCAGGUCGAAGCAGAGAAGGGAUGAAAGGCGACAGACCAUUGCUUCAAUGGAUAAUGCGUCCGGCAGGGAUCUCGCGAAUGGAGUCAUCUCUGCAUCUUUGCCAGGCUCCUCAGCGCAAGCGCAGGCACAAGCGGCGCUAUCGAGGAGACGAAGGUCCGGAUCGGCAGGCAGUGUCAGGCAGUUGUUGCGACCGCGAACACCUAUCAACUCAAGCGUGCCUCAUGCUGCUACCCAUGGAAGCGCCCACGUCUUAUCAGAAGAAGUCAACGCUCCAUCUGAUUUUCCAGAGUCAGAUACGCAUCGCAAUGGUUUGACGAGCUCGCGUCCUAUAGAUCAUGCCACGCCCGUUGCAAAUCGACAGAGCACCUCCCAUCGAAGUCAUGACGACACAGACUACGAUGCUGAGCAAACUGAUCAACCAGUAUCUCCGAACUCCGACAGCACUCGACCCGAGAGUCCGUCGUCACCAGAUGCGUCUCCUGGCUUCUCUAGGAGCAACCCCUUCGCCAGCAACACAGGCCGCUGCCGGACCGUUGAUGCACGCGACACUUCUCCAACAAAGUCUGCCGCUGCCAACGCCGCCGCCGACGAAGACGAUGAGGAAGAGUUCUCGCUGGUUCUCAAGCUGCUUUUGCACCCGCUUCGAAUUCUUGCCGCUGUUCCUGGAUGCAUCGGUACCUUCUGGCUUGCACGUAACGCAUGGGUACUCGCAACUCGACAAGGCCACCUCUUGAGCCCAGGACAGAUGCUGAUCACCCACGAAGGGACCAAUCACUUCUGGAGCGCAGACUUGUCCUCUCCUCCCGUUUUUGGCCCCCUUCGCCUAGGUCGCCGACAACCGGGAUCGCUCGACUUUGCCGUAGCCGGUCUCUGGAGCAUGUCCACAGCCUAUCACGCACUCUCUUUCACCACUCUUCUACUUCGCCGUUGGUUGCUUUACUAUUCGAUUCUUCCCUCGCUCAUACGACUCGUAGCCCUCCAAGCCAUCUGCUGGCCCCUUGUUCGCCUCACCGUCCACGUCUUUGGCCCCGACCAACCCCUCGGAGCCUGGGUCGUCAUUGGCACAACAACUGCUCUGAGCGAUGUCGUCUCCCGUUGGGUCACAAGCAACAUCGCCGACGCACCCCUAGACGACGAACUCGAUGAAGAAGAGCAAGAAGAAGCUGAAGAAGCACUAGGCUAUCUUUCCGACUCACGCUUUGUCAAGAGCCCCAGAGUCAGUGCUACAGAAAGGCUGUUCCGUGCAGACUCACAUCCUCACGCUGCUUCAGGUGGGCAAUCGCUGAUCGGUGAUUCAGAUUGGGAUCCGCGAUCAGGCGAUGAGAGCGACGCAGCAGCAGCGACCUUUUUCGCGAACGAAAGGGAGAGGCAGAGAAAACAGAGGAGAGGUGGUCAAGGAACUAGAUUCUGGCGUGCUGUCAUUGGUGGGCCCUCCUUCGCUAGCUCAUCUAGAGGACGGAAGAAGGUCGAGAAUGCGGGCGGCGGAGUAACAGAGACUGAGAUGGAAGGAGAGAGCGAUUGGCCAGGAUAUGGGACUGAUGGGACUGUGGUUGGUGGCGCAGCGAGGUCCCGACUAGGGCUUCAGAACGAUGGGUUGCGAAGAAGGUGGCCAGCCUCUACUAGCCCUCCAUCCGUAAGAGGUGGUGGUGGUGUACUAGAGGCAAAGAAAACCGAACUCCCACCUUUCCCAUCCAAACCUUCGACUUAUAGACAGGGAAGCAGCAGACAUACGAGAUAUGUGUACAAAGAUGGUGCUUGGGUCAGAGAAAGGACGAGUAGUAGGAGGACCUUCCAUUGGGAAGUGGCAGUGUGGAGGAAUGUGUUGCCGAUUGCGGUGCUAUCGUACUUGAGUAUGUGGAUUUUGGUGUUAGAUGCGAUGCGGUUGGGUGGCUGA